AUGGCUGCAUCAAGCUCAUUCUCCGGGUUGCCUUGCGUGUUACCGCUGUUUUCCUUUAUCCUGGCAGCCUUUGGCCAGCCUUCCCAGCCAAUUGUCAGCAGCCCUUUUGGCCGAGUGGAUUCGGGAGCCUUGGCAACAUUCAACUGCCGUUCAGAGGGAUUCCCUCUCCGAUCCCGAGGCAUCACAGUCACCUGGACCAAGGAUGGGAACCCGAUUGAAGCCGGCCCACAUGGCACUCUGCUAGAUAAAAUGGGCACCUUUCGCGUCAUUGGCGUCGUGCGAAUGACACUCACAGAGAAAGACAUCAACUCAAGACUCACUUGUCACAUCCACCACAGCUCCACAGAAAGGCCCCUGCAGCAGAGUUUUGAUCUUAGAGAUGCCUUACGAGUUGCUCCACAGGUGACAGUGGAAACCAGCCUGUCUCCUCCCAUCCCAUUGAAUCGUUCUGUGAGACUCACCUGCGUAGUGAACAACUUUUAUCCCAAUAACAUCACGGUGGCCUGGUGGAGAAGUGACUACCGCAACUUUACACAAAGGAACCUUUUUGCAAAAACAAAUCAAGACGGAACAUUCUCCCUCAGAUUUCCCUUAUCUACACGGCAAAAUAGACCGGCCACGACUAAUUACACCUGCCAAGUGAUUCAUGAUUCUCGAAGUCCAGUUUAUGUAAAUGAAGUGUUGAAAUUUGGAAUGCCGCCUGAAGAAAAUGGAAAUCUCUGUUUCAGUGAUCCAGGUCUAUUUCUGCUCUCCAGCCCUGGUCUUUGGAUUGGAUUACUUCUGGGCAAGAUUGUGACUGCUCUCCUCUUGUACCUUCUCUUGAGAAAAUCAGCAAAUUUCGAGCAUUAACAAAGACGAAAAAGGAGUCGCCCAAGUGAUCUGACAAUUUCUUCAUGCCUAAUGUUGGAGUUACUUUGCCAUCACAAGAAACGGUCAAUAAUUAAUAAUUGCUGUAGCCCAAGAAUUGCACUUCUAAUUUUUGUUCUUCUGAUCACACUGCUAGAUUAGAAAUUCUGCUGAAAAGCUCUGUGGAAGUGUCACCAUCUUGCUUUCAGCAAAGCUGAGUUUUAUUUCCAUUCACUAUUUUCUCCUAAGGAAAAAGAGAUGCUUGUAGCAUCCACGUUAGAGGGGCCUGGAAGUACUGGGGACGCAUCCAAGAUUAAAUCAUCUGCAGAGAUAGCACGCUAGAGCUUGCUAUCCAUUUGCAAAGGAAUGCUAUUGCACAAUGUGUGUUCUGUUUUAAUUGCUGUUACAUAUAAAUAGGUGUUGCAUGUUUUAUUGUUUGCCGUUACACUGGGUCCCUACGUUGGUCAAAAAUUCUCUUUAAAAUGUUUUAAACAUUUUUUUUUAAAAAAAAUCAGUAAUGUGUGGCUGCAGCUACAGUCUCCAUUCCUCCUUCAUACCCAGGAGACUGGAUGCUCUUUUGGCAAUACCUGGAAAAAUUAUCACAUUCGAUCCUAAGCAGAGGCAGGGAAGUCUGGGCUUCCUCCACAUCUUGAGCGGUGCCUUUAAAGGAAUACCUAGCCCUUCACAGUUAGUGGAGAACAAGGGCGCUGCUGUUUGCUAUAAAAGAAUUAAGCUGUUGCAUUAAAAAAAUAAAAAUAGCCGGCGGCAAACGGGCGGAGGUUUGACCAAGACGUGGAUGGCCUCCUAGGGAUUCAGGAUGCUGAAGCAGUUGUACAAGAUGCUACCCCCUGUAUCCAAAGGCAUCCACAGGAAGAGGAAAAAGGAGCAGGCAAUUCCUGCUCCUGGUGUCUGCCUGGAUCAGAAAAUGCGAAAGUUACUGGGGACCAAGCAGGCUGCAGGUCCAUGGCUGGAAGGCGGCUUCUAGCUUGGUGGAUAAAAAUGAUAAUAUAGGCACAAGAAGGAAAAAUACAGAACUUCAGCUCCCUCUGUUGACCACUCUGGCACAUGUCAAGUAGGCAGCUGCAUUUAAUACAAUGGUAUUCUCUUUCAGAUCAUGGCAGAAACAAGCUGAGCUCUGGCCUGGACAGCGUGCUCACAUUUCAUGUUUGAACAUGCAGAAAAAAAGAUAAAGAGAUUCUCAACGAAUGCACUAGAACACACAAGCGGACAAAUUUGUUUAUUGAUACCCCUGCCUUUCCUUUGCGGCUCAAGACAGCUGACCAAUCCACCAAAUGUAAAAGAUUCGAAGUACAAUAAAAACCUCCAAUAAGCCCCCCUCCCCCACCAAUACCUGCAGCCUACAUCCUAUUAAAAACCCUAGAUAAUGA